AUGACUGCGCUUACUGAAACCACAAGUCUCUUGCCUCCACGCGACACGGAAAAUCAGCCAGCAAAUAUUCACGAAGCCGCAACUCGAAGUCUCAGCAAAGAUGCCGACAUCUUCACCCGUGCCGGAAAGCUCACCAUCUUGCUCGCAGGGAUUUUCACUGUGAUGUUCCAGUUCGCCGACAUCCUCCGCUUCGCACCCUCCAUGCGCCUCUUUGAACUCGGAUACUGCAGACAAUACUAUCUCAAGCACAACCAAGGUUUCAUCGACGCCGGUGGAAAUGUUUCCGAACAUCUUUGCAAGAUAGGAGAAGUCCAGGAACAGCUUUCGCUGCUGAAGGCAUGGCUUGGUAGUACUUCGGAAGGCGCUGUUGGGCUUCUGUUGGUCAUACCGUACGGUAUGUUGGCUGAAGUCAAAGGCGGUCGAUUUGUCGCAGGUCUCAACUUGAUCGGGUAUGCCCUUUCGAGUGUGUGGAUUCUCAUAUUUUCCUUCUGCUGGAACGUCUUCCCGAUCAACGCAAUUGUGGUAUCCCCAUUGCUCAGAGCUAUUGGUGGUGGCGCACCUAUAUCUUCCGCCGUGAUACUUGCAACUGUUGCGAAUGCAGCGCCAACAUCAGAGAGGUCAACAGUCUUCCUCCUCAUGGGGGCUGCUGAGCUCGUUACGGAAAUGAUCAUGCCCUUGAUCAGCGCUGCCUUCAUGAGCAAAGGUUUCAUGUACUCACUUAUCAUGCUGGGUUUUGUAUUUGAAGCUCUUGCCUUGAUCGCAGUCUAUGCGAUCCCUCUCGAUACAGUGAAGAAGUCAUCGACCGAAUAUCAAGAGAUUGACCAACAGGAGAGCCAAGAUCAACAAUCAGUCCUCCCCGACGCCGAUGACGCGCCCAAGAAAGGACUGGCACGUCUUCCCCACUCAGGGUCAUUCUGGAUAACAGACACAUUCUGCAGAAUCCGUUCCAGUCUCUCACGCGCACGGGCUAGCUAA